CAGGAUCCAAGCUCCUUAUCACAACAAUCCCACCUACCCCCUCCCCAACAAGGUCUUUCUGUCAGGUUUCUUACCCACAGCCUUGUGGUUGUGCUUAGGGAGGCUCUAUAGACUUGAAGAGGCUCUUGUUUGCACAAAUGAGACUGUGACAAGAGUUUUAAAAUCUCUUUGCAAGGUAAGUCAGGUAAGAAAAGAUUUGUUUCUUCAAGUUUUCGCAUUGUUCCUUCUUUUUGUCCCUGUUUCAAACUUCAAUGGCAUCCCAGCCUGUGCCCUCGACCCCCAAACCCCCGUCUGCCGCGUCGGAAGAUACACGGACUCCUGGAAAAUGGCGGCACCCACGUCUCAAUGAGAUUGUUCAGAGACAGAAUGCCGCGACGUUUGGUGACAACAAUAUUCGGAGGUUGUCGUGGAAUGGAGCUGCGCUGGUCGCAACCUGGGUCUUUGGGCCGACGCUGAAGUCACAGGCGUUACGGGUGCAAUUGUGGUCCCAAAUUCCCAUGUACCCAGAUCUUUCGGCUUUCCUCCUCCAGGUUUUCUUCAUCGUGAACAUCCUCGUGGCAUUGUUCCCUCUCUUCCGGCCCAAGGACGAUCUGUCCGAUAUUCCUCUGACACCUACGCAACGUUCACUUCUUGGGCUCGACCCGACAGCAACUACCCCCCUGACGCCUGGCACUACUUACGUCACUCCGCCUCGCUAUCGGCUCUCUUCGUCUCGUGCAGCUAGCCCCGCGAGCCGAAGCGGAUCGCCAUUGUCGGCGAACGCGGGGUUUUCCGGGCGCAGGGUCUCAACAGGGGGCUCGUCUUUCUCCGCAUCGACAAGUCCUCUUCUACACAAGGUGGCCUCCAACGGAAGCCGAGAAAGUGGGCGAAGACCGAGCUUUGGCUCCCCAUCUCCACUGCGAAGUUCUUUCGGAGAGUCUACGAUGGCGCCUGCAACGCCCACUCCGGCGGGCAGGAAGCGUGCAAGCUUGGGUCUGAGCAAUAAAUGGUUAUACGAGAGGAGCCGUCGACUAUCUGCCAGCAACGGUGUUUUGUAAUCUUUCUUUGGGUCAUUUCGGUCGAGCUUUGGCGUGUCCGGCGCAAUUUUAGAUUAAUGU